AUGUUAAGACCGAGUAAAAUUUUGAUGGAUGAGAUAUAUGAUCCCAACUAUCAAGUGAACCCAGAAGCUACGCUUACGUUUAAUUAUAAACAAACAAGGGAUGGAGAAAGCCCACAUCAAUUAGAGGCAAGAAAAGAAAGCGUUCAACAUUACUUUCGUGUAAGAAAACCUGUACCGAAACGGACUAUCUUUCAUAUCAGAAAAAACAAAUUUGAUGAAAACAAAAGUCUAGAGACACUUGCUAAAGAUGCUCUCAUACUUACCGAAUUAGGAAAAUUCGAAAAUUUGAGUGAACAAGAUCUUACUCCUGUAUCAAUACAAACAGCUCAAACCGAAAGAAGAAAUAAUAAUGACGAUUCUAAUUUGCCACUAAGUUUCACUGAAACAUCGGCGUUAAUACCGAAAUUGAUUACAAAAGGAGAUCAGUUACCUCCUAUGCGUCUUCGAAAAUUUGGUAGUUUUCCCGAAUUGAUUGCAUCAAAUGCUGCUUCUUCACAAACUCCUCAACCCUUACCCGAAGAAACCACAGCUUUCCAAACCACUGUUCAAGAAGUCAAACAUCAAGAUAAUCAACAAACUUCAGAAAAAUAUACAACAACUCCGGCAACAACCGCCAUGACAACUACAAAUAAAAAAAUAAGCUUAACAAAUGACAACAGCCAUCGUGAACCGACAGGUAAAAAUGAUGGUGAAACUAAACAUUUACAGAAAGUCGAAUAUAACACUAAUAAGAAUAAUGAUCAAAUACUAAGUACUUCGACAUCGCUUCCUGUUUCAAAGAAUAUACCCCAACAAAAGCGUAUGCGACAUAUAAUUCGAAGAUUUAAAAAAAUCAAAAGUGCUCCACAGGACACAGUUACUGAAAAUAUUUCAAAUAAUUUACCACAAAAUACUGAAAAAUAUGUGAUACCAAGAGAAGAAAACACUCCGAUUGUAUCUGAUGAUCCAAAAACCAAAGAAAAAAUCCUGCCACCAACGACAGAAGCUAUUUUAACUUCUAUUGCAACAAGUACUUCCGCGCCAAAUGUUAAGACAAUUAGGAAUUUCCGUAGACAUUGGUUACAUUCGAGAUCAACUACAAGUAAACCAGAAACGACGAGGUUUAUGCCGACAUACGCCACAACAACCAAUAUACCAGACGUAUCAGAUACGGUAACUAAACCACAUUCACGGCGUAUGCGUUUCCGUAAUAAAAAUAGGAAAACUAAUAGAACAAUUAGGCGCCAGCAUGUAGAGCCUGAGAAUUUACCCGCAUCCUCUUCGCAAGCAAUGCCUUCAUCGACGGCUGUUCCAAGUACCACGCCCAGCAAUGAUUAUGGCAACAGCGAUCGAAUUCCUAUCAGUACGGAAAUCACAACGCAAGAGAAACCAAAAGGUAAAUUUAGCAAAAAUAAUCCUCCACCACCAUUGCCUACCUUAUCACCGUGGUAUGAUGGAUACGGAAAGUAA